AGUGAAAGUUAUUCUUUGAAGUACAUUUGACUAUUUCUUCACUUCUUAUUCCAGAGAAAUGUUCAGUAAUAAAUAACUGAGCUUGGUCCCUGACUCUUCAUUCUCUGGGUGAUUUUGAUUCCUGACAACAUGGGGAUGAGGUGUCUUCAAUUAGUUCUUCUGCUUUGGGUUCCUGGACUGCUGCAAGCUCAAGGUCCACAGCCUUGCAGCGCUCCGAGCCUGAAUGCAGGUUUUCUUCUCUCGGUGCAGGAAUCAUAUCCUCAUGGAACAAAGAUCAGUUAUUCCUGCAAUGAUGGAUACAAAGCAGAAGGAAGAGGCUGGUGGGGAACAAGCACAUGUUUCAAUGGUUUAUGGUUUGGUAUCCCAGUCUGUAUUAAAAAUCCUCCUACCUGCCGCGAGCCUCCAAGAAUAUCCAAUGCCGCCAUAAUUAAUCAGGAUUUUCAGGAUGUAUUUACUCAAGACACAGAAGUGGUGUAUCAGUGUAAGGAUGGAUAUACAACAAAGGAAGGAGCCACCAAGAAAUCUGUCUUCUGUAGAGCUGGAGUUUGGACAGACGUCCCAACAUGUGCACCUACUGCCGGACCCGGAUCAAAGGACAAUGUAUCCAUCGAUAAUUGUGGAGAGAUCCCUCAUGUUCCAAACGGGAAUCCUGAGCCACAGGAGCAGCAACGUUCUUUGAAAUACACGUGUCAGAACUUUUACAAGUUAGUGGGUCCUGACACUGUGGUGUGUCACAGAGGUGGCACGUGGUCCGAAGUCCCCAAAUGUAAAGAGGAUUUCUGUCUUCUGGACACUACAAAGUAUCCUGACCUAAUAAAUUCUGGCAAUACAUUUAUCAGAAAUGGGGACACAGAGUACCCGAGAUGUGUUGAUAAAUGGACGCUUAAAAAUUACGCUGUGGUUCGGUGCAUUGAAGGGAAUCUCAGUGUAUCCAGAUGUUGCAACUGGGCCAAGAUAAACUUUGGUGCAUGCUGAGGCCCCAUCGGGAAAAGAUCUGGCUCUCUUGGGCUGAGCUGAUGGACUGAGAACAAAUGGAAACAUGAACCCAUUUGAAACAACUUGAGAUUGAAUGCGUUGCCAACGGCCAGGCUGGAUAUGUUCAUGCUGUUCUACCACAGUAUAGCAUGUGCUGUAUUUAGAUUGUUCCAGUAGCAUUUCUAUAGUUGUGUGUUUCAUACAGAGAAUUGUAAAAAACCUCUGUCUGACUUCGUCUCUGUUGCCUGCAACAGCUACUUAAUAAAACAUUUCAACUUU